CCCCCCCCUCCCGAAAGCAACACCAUGACAUCCGCCCAGGUCGCCGACGUCAACGCUGUGGUCGAUGUGCCCGACACCGUUGACAUGAGCGAGGUCCUCAGUGUCCCGACCAAUGCCACCACCGCCGCCAGCCCCGCCGCCGAGGAGAACACCGAGGCCGAGCACGAGGAGGACGUCGGUGCCGCCGGUCUCGACCUGCUGGUUUACCUGCCGGGCAAGGUCGACCCGGUGUACUUCCCGAUCCCGGACUGCCCGUCGCUCAAUGACGUGGUCAUCCUCUUCUCCACCAACCCGGCCAUCCUGCACUUCUCGCACUUCACCCUGGCUCUCAAGAAUGGCGCCUCCCUGCCGCUGUACCUCUCGCCGCAGGAGGCCCUCCUCAUGCAGGAGGAGGACCCGGCCACGGCCACCACCGACGCCGACCGGGCCCUUGUCCAGCGCCUGGGCCAGGCGGCCCUGUCCACCACCGCGGCCGACAGCAGCCAGGACGCCUUCCCCGCGCCGGCGGCCGACGCCGAGAUCCUGUCGCUGCUGCUGGUGCCCACCUCGAUGACGCAGUUCAGCGCGCGCGAGCAUGUGGAGCGCGUGCGCGACAUCCUGGCCGGCUCGCUCUUCCACCCCCCCAGCAGCGCCAUCCACGGGGAGCUUUCCUCGGUCAGCGUCUUCCACUCGCUCAUGGACAAGACGGCCGUCGACAUGAUGGACCUCCUGACGGCCGGCGGUAGCCCCGACGAGCCGGCCGCCGCCCCGACCCCCGAGCAGGUGGCCGCCCUGCAGUCCUGGGUCUUCGAGGACUUCGCCGAGUCCCUCUUCCCCAGCAAGCUGUCUCUGAUCGCCGAUCGCAUCCCCCACCCGGUCCGCCGGAUCUCCCUCAACCAUCCGCAGAAUCCCCCGGCCCCGGCCCAGCGCCUGCGCGGUGUGCUCUUCUUCCUGGCCAUCGAGCUGUCGGGCGGCCGCCAGCUGACCGUCGUCGCCACCACCAAGGGCUUCCGCCUGGAGUCGCCUGCCUCCGGCUCCAACCGUGCCUCGUCCACCCGCCGCCCGGGCCCGCGCGCCGGCCGCGACAAGUACUCCCUCGCCUUUGCCGGCUCGGCCCCGGCGUCCAAUGCCGCGGCCGCCACGGCCGCCGCCGCCCCCGAGCCGCUGGUCCCCCUGGCCGAGGGCCACUACUUCUCGCUGAUCGACCUGCUCGUGGCCGAGGACUCGCAGGUGGCCCGCCAGAUGGAUGACCUGCUGGCCGCCAUCACUUCCCAGAGCGAUGUCGACAUCAUCGCGCCCUUCCGCCCAGCGGUCCAGUGGCUGCUCCCGGCCCAGCUGCCCAAGGAGCACCCCCUGACGCUGGCCAAGCGGGCGGAUGCCUUUGCCGCCGGCCCGGCCCCGGAGGGCCAGCGCUCGCCCGGCGUCCUGGCCGACUGGAUCGAGGAGAUCAACACGUCGGCCGGCGCGCCGGCCGGCACCGCCGAGCAGCGCCUCGUCCGCUACCGCAGCAUCUGCGACAUCCUGCAGUCCUUCACCGAGGCCGCCACCAAGGGCGCCAUGGCCGCCAUCGAUGGCCAGCUCUGCCCGCUCGGCACCCAGGAGGAUGGCGCCCCGGAGGCGCCGCUCUUCCUGCACAACAACAUCUUCUUCUCCGUGAUCACCGGCCAGGGGAAUGUCCGCGCUGCCCUGGGCGGCGAGUCUGCCGCCCACUACCUCGCCACCAAGGAGCUCCAGUGCUUCUCGCAGCUCCUGUCCUUCGGCGUCGACGGUCUGUCGCACAUGCUGUCCACCGUGGUGGACUACCGCGGCCACCGUGUCCUGGCCCAGUCCCUCAUCCCGGGCAUCAUGCGUCGUGACGAUUCGAUCGAGCGCGCCGUCGAGAAGGCCACCAUGGAGGCCGCCGCCGCCGGGCUCUCCGAGGAGGAGACCCUGGCCGCCAUCAAGGCCGCCAGCCUCGAGGCCAAUGUCAACUCCUACGCCUCGCGCCUGAUCAAGCUCGGCCACAUCGCCGACGACCAGUACAACGUCAUCUCCACCUAUCGCCAGGCCGAUGAGGACUUCAAUGCCAUCUCCCGCAAGGUGGCCAAGCAGUUCCACAUGGCCGAGUCCACCGUCAUCGACCCGGUCUCCGAGGAGCCGAUCACCAUCCACGGCAGCUUCGACGCCAAGGGCCUCCUCGGCACCGACAGCCGUCGCUUCCUGAUGGAGAUGUUCUUCACCGCGCCGGUCGAUGUGAACUUCCUGCCGGAGGCCCCGCGCCUGGAGCAGGCCGGCCGCGCGCUGGCCUUUGCCGGGCCCCUGGACGAGGCUUUCAGCCACCGCGUGCCGCUCUUCCGCCAUGAGCUGGUCAAGCACUUCCUGUCGAGCCAGUUCAAGAAGCACCUGGCCGAGGCCGACAAGGAGACCCUCACCGGGUCGGAUGAGGAGCAGCUGACCGCCUUCCUGGCGGCCAAUGCCUUCGACGUGAACUUCGCCCGGCCGGAUGUCCGGCUGACGGCCGAGGCCGAGGAGCGCGCCGCCGGCCCGGUGGGCCAGCUGGCCGACUACCUGUGGGACACCGUCCUGCCGGGGUUCGUGCGCAACCUGGCCAGCCCCUCUUCGCAGUUCAUCCUGGACUCGGCGGCCCUGUCGGCGCACAUGCAUGAGUCCGGCAUUUCCAUGCGCUACCUCGGUGCCCUGGCGCACCUGGCCGGCCAGCAGCACGCCACCCCGCUGGUGAACAUCCUGGUGUCGGACAUCGUGGCCCGGUCGGCCAAGGCCCACCUGCGUCAGGUGCUCUUCGCCACCCCGACGGCCGAUGUCCUGGCCGCGGUGACCGCCUUCCUGAAUGCGCUGUUCGUGCCGAAGUUCGGCGGCAACCCCCGGAAGCCGGCCACCACGGUCGAGAGCAUCACCCAUGCCUCGGUGUGGGCGGCCAUUCGCCAGCAUGCGCGCGCGCACUUCCGCUUCACCCUGCCCGGCGGCGAGGACGACACCCUGCCGGCCAUCUCGCCCUUCUGGGUUCUCAAUGCCCUGGCCACCAAGGUGGGCAUCCAGCUGGUGGCCCGGUCGUACCCGCUGGCCGCGGCGCUGGCCGGCCAGCACCGGAAUGGCGUCUUCCAGCCGGAGGAUGUGCUGGCCCUGCUGCCGGUGGCCUACUCCGUGGACAUGGCCCCGCUGGCCGACUACAAGGGGCUGGUGUCUUCGGCUCAUGGGUUCCAUGCGGAGGCGUCGCGGCUGUGCUCGCGCCGGUUGAACUUCCUCCAGACGCGCGAGCGCCAGGAGACCCAGCUGUCCAGCGAGCUGAGCCAGGUGGCCAUCCUGCUGACCCAGACCACCGAGGAGCAUGACAAAUUCGCGCGCCAUCUGGCCGACAUGCGCAAGAUCCGCGACCAGCCCGGGGCCGAUGUCGAGCGCGUCGACGAGAACAUCACCCUGACCGAGGCCUAUCUGAAGCAGCUGACCGACCGGCUGACGGCCUUCCGCCAGCAUCAGACCCGCGCGCAGGAGGCCCUGGCCAAGCUCCAGGCCGUGGAGUACCCGGCUGGCGAUCUGACCGCCGAGUCGGCGGCCCUGGCCAAUGCCAAUGGCCUGGCCAUGCAGGCCGCCAACAUGACCCUCAUGCUGCAGCCCUCGCAGCACAACUUCAUUUCCGCCUCCUCGGCGGCCCUGAUGCAGCUCCUGUCCAGCAUUUGCCUGCUGCGCGAGAAGACCGACAUGGCGGUCUACCAUCUGGAGCUGGCGGUGGCCAUCGCCGAGCGUGCCCUCGGCCUGGACCAUGGGUCGGUGGUGUCCCUGUACGAGGAGCUGGCCGAUCUGACCCUCAGCAUGGACUUCGGCCGGGCGGUGGUCUACUACCGCCGCCUGCUGGGGCUGCUGCGCGCGCGUGCCUCCAUGGACACCAUUGUCCCGGUGGCGGCCGGCCCGGUGCCGGUCCUGUCCCCGGCCGAGCAGACCGACCUGGCCGCCCUGAACCGGGCUCUGGCCCAGUUCGACAUGCUGCCGGCCGGCUUUGUGGUCACCCCGGCCGCGGUCAAGCUGGCCCAUGUGGCGCAGAUCCUGGCCUCCGCCGUGCUGGAGACCUCGCACAGUGCCCUGGGCCUGGACCUGCUGCUGCUUUCGCGGUCGGUCUUCGCUCGGCUGGUGGCCGAUACCCCGGCCCCGGCCGUGACUGCCGCCUCGGCCGACGACGCCUCCUCGGCCCCAAGCCAGAGCGCCGUGCUGUCCCUGGCCCAGACGGAUUCCCUCCUUGCGCGGGUUCUCCUGUCCAAGGACUCGGCGGAUGCCCUGGACCGUGCGCUGCUCCACCAGGGCAGCGCCGCGGCCCUGGUUCGCUCGCUCUUCCCGGAGGACGUGUUUGCCAGCCUGGAUGAGCACUUCAACAAGCAGCAGGCCAAGGCCACCGCCGCCGCGGUCGGCUCCCUCAAGAAGGAUGCCGAUGCCAAGGCGGAGGCCGAGACCGAGGCUGAGACCGAGGCUGAGACCGAGACCGAGGCCGAGGCCGAGACCGAGUCGUCCUCCCUGCCGGCUGCCGCCCUGCCCUUCCAGUCGCUCUUCCGUGAGUUCAAGAUCCUGUCCGUGUACCACGAGCGCAUCCUGGGCCUGAAGAACGCCCCGCCGGCGGCUGCCGCCCCGGCCCCCCAGAAGCCGGCUGCCGGCGCGGCCCCGGCCCCGGCUGCUGCCGCUGCUGCUGCUGCCCCGGCCGCCGCCGCCGCCGCUGCCCCCAGCGGUGGUCGCAAGUCCGGUCGCAAGGCCACCGGCGGCCGGCGCAAGUGAGCGCACCCAUGUGCCGCGUCACCGGCCGUUGGCCGGUCCGAUGUAAAAUGGCCGGGGAGAGAGGGCGUGACAGGUGCCCUCGGAACGAGGAGGGCCCUUCCGCACCUCGAGCUGGACAUAUUUUCCAUUCUUUCCCCCCUUUCCCUGUCCAGCCUUGGCUUCGUUGCUGCAAGCAGCCCCCCCCCCCCCUCUCCUCA